UGCGGUACUUUCAUGGCUGGAGAGGCGGCGGUGGAUGCGGCAGCGAUGGAACCAAUUCUCUUUCUGAGAAUCGGUGAGAGGAAAGGGAGAGGAGCUGCGUUAUUUUAGGGAAGCCUUGUCACUCUCCCCCUUCCGCGAGUAGGCGGUGUGCGGGCCCCAUGGAGAGACGCUGGUGGCGGCUGCGGCGGCAGCGGGGGCUCCCAUUGAGGCUGCAGCCGGCAGUAAUCCGACCCCGCGGGCGCGGGGACUGAGCGGCGCGGGGAGCUGCGAACAAAAGCCCUCCGCGCGGGGCCGGAUCCCGGGACGUGCGAGACCCCACAAAAGGACACGUUUCCGCUAUGGUGGACCCCAUACCUGCAGAGGAGAAGGCGGGAGCCGAGGCUGGAGGCUCCGGAGGAGCCGGAGCCGCCGCGUCCGUGCCCCCCGGCGCCCAGGGGGCCGAGCAGCCCGCGGCCUCUUCGGCCUCCGCCUCGGCCUCGGUGGCGGCGGCGGCGGCGGCGGCAGCGGCGCCCCGCAAGGCUGAGGUCCCAUGCGCAGCAGAAGGCGGGCGGCGGGAGCAGUCCCCGCUGCUGCACCUCGACCUCUUCAACUUCGACUGUCCCGAGGCCGAGGGCAGCCGCUACGUGCUGACCAGCCCCCGCUCGCUCGAGGCCUGCGCCCGCUGCGCCGUCAAACCGGUGGAGCUGCUGCCGCGGGCCCUGGCCGACCUGGUGCGCGAGGCCCCAGGCCGCUCCAUGCGCGUGGCCACCGGCCUGUACGAGGCUUACGAGGCGGAGCGGCGCGCCAAGCUGCAGCAAUGCCGGGCCGAGCGCGAGCGCAUUGUGCGCGAGGAGAAGCGGCGCCUCUUCACGCCCUUGGGCCACGCGGCCGCCGCGGCCCCGAUCCCGGCCUCCAGCGCGGGCGGCAGCAGCGGCAGUGGCAGCGGCUGCAGCAGCGCCAGCCUCCCGGCCUCGCCCGCGCCGCGUGCGGCCCGCAAGGCCUCCUCCAGUCCGUCCCCGGCUCGGCCCCAACCUGCGCCCGCGACCGCGGGCUCCCGGGCCGGUAGGAAAAGCCACUCCCUGGACUCCCUGUCCCGCCGGCAGCGGGAGGGCGCCCUCAGUUCUGAGUCGGGCGCGUCGUCCUCCUCCUACAGCGGGGAGAGCCUGCGGGACAUGCGCUGGCCCCCGCGGGCGUCCGCCCGGAACAGCUGCCCCGCGGGCUCCUUGUCCUCGGCCCCCCACCCUCUGGGCCGCCCCUCGGCCCUGGCCUUGGCGCCACUCACGGCGCGCAGCUUCAGCCUCGGCGACCUGAGCCACUCGCCGCAGACCGCCAAGCACGUGGAGCGCAUCGUGCGCCAAGUGCGCGCCGAGCGGGGCCUGCGCGGGGUCCCCGAGCGCGACCGCAAGAUCGCGGCGCUGAUGCUGGCGCGGCACCAGGAGGAGCGCCUGCUGCUGGAGCAGCGCGCCGCGGCCCACGGCCAAUGGGAGCGGCAGCGCGCGUGCGCCGAGCGGCGCCGGGAGCGCGAGGAGCGCGAGAAGCAGCGCGCCCUGGAGAAGGGCCGCCGGGCCUGGGCCGCGCAGGUGGAGGAGCGGCGCGGCCGCCGGGGCCGCGAGGAGCGCGAGGCGGCCCGGCUACGGCAGCAGCAGUGCGAGCUCAGCGAGGAGCGGCGCCGGGAGCUGGCCGAGCGGCAGAGCCUGCUGCGGCGGGAGCGGGCGGAGCGCGCGGCCCGCGAGGACCGGCUGCGCAAGCUGCAGCAGGAGCAGAACCUGAAGCAGCGGGAGGAGGGCCUGCAGGAAGGGCGCGAGCGGGCCGAGCAAGUCCGCAGGGAGCGCGCUCAGCGCGCGGCUGGUACCAAGCAGCGGCAGGAGGGCCAGGUGCAGCGGGAGAAGCGGAAACUGAGCAGGGCCGAGCGGGCGCGCCACCAGGCGCUGCUCCAGGGCCGGGCCCGCCAGGAGCACGAGGAGCGCGAGGGCCUGCGGAGCUCCCUGGAGGCCAGCUUGGGGCGCGCGCAGGAGAACUACGAGCACUUGGUGGAGCAGCGCGCCCGGGAGUUGCGGGAGCGGGCCCGGAGGGAGGAGCUGCAGGGUCGGCGGGCCAAGGAGGCGGCGGAGCGCAAAGACCGCGAGCACCAGGCGCAUCUGGAGGCGCUGGCCCGGGCCGGCGAGCGGCGGCUGCAGCACGCGACGCAAGUGGCGGAGGAGGCGGUGCAGCAGAAGGCGCGGCGCGUGGGGCAGAGCCGUCUGGAGAAGGAGCGAGCGCAGCGUGCCAAAAAGGAGAAGGUGGAGAGGGAUGAAGACUGCCGCCGGCAGGAGCUGCUCCAAGCCAUCGGGCGCAAGCUGGAGCGCAGCGAGCAGCUGUCGCGGGAGCGGCGGAGCGCGCUGGAGAGCGCGCGCUCCACGGCCCGGGCCUCCUUCCACGUGCGCGAGAAGGUGCGCGAGGAGACCAACACGCGCUCCUUCGACCGCAUGGUGCGCGAGGCCCAGCUGACCGCCAGCCUGGACCGCAAAUGACCGGCACCCCGGCGAGAGCCAGACGGCCACGCUCAGCCCCGCGGGGCAUCCCUUGGCCCACUUGGACCAAACCUGGGGAGUCCUCCGUUGGGUCGCAGCACAUACACCUCUCGAACUUCCCGACCAAUAAGGCAAUAAGAGGACUAACACUCCAGACCUGUCAUUUCGCAGCCUUUGUUUUUAAAAACUGACUUCGUAUGGAAAUGACAAAAGCACAAUCUUUGGCCGUAUCCACUUGUAGUGGCUCCCGCACCAGCUUUUGCCAAGCUAUCAUCUUGUGUGUCUUUUUGGUUGGAAUAGAAAAGAGCUGGGAGACAGGGGCUGGGUCGGGACUGGGGGGGAGGGUCCCUGGGAGAGAGCGCAGGGAUGAUUGCUCCUCGACGCAGCAGUCAUCCCAGGCACCUCUUGUACAUUGAUGUCUGAGGCCACUGCCCUUACUGCAGCUGAGGGGGCAUCUCCCUGGCUCCUCCAUCUUUUAAAAUAUGGCAAGUUUCACAAAGCUCAGAGGCCCACAGAAAAGCACAACAACUGGAAGGUGUUAGGCCACACCCAAGUGACU